AGUUUUCAUUCCAUCGGAAGAGAAGGAACGAAGGGCAUCGGUCGUUGAUCGGAGAGAGAGAUUAGACGCUGGGGUUGGGGGAGAACCAGCUCCCCCACCAUCGAUCGUCACCCCAACACAAGUAUAUAUUAAUUGUUCCGAUUCCCAACCACACCAACAAUGUCUAUGUUAGCUGCCCCAUUCCAGCUCCUGGAAGUAAACAUCAUAUCCGCACAAGACCUCGCACCCGUUGCCAAAUCCAUCAAAGCCUACGCAGUUGCAUGGCUUGACCCAGAACGCAAGCUCACAACCCAAAUAGACCCCGAUGGCCACAACAACCCCACCUGGAACGAGAAAUUCGUUUUCCGCAUUGACGAAGAAUUCCUCUACGAUCAAGACUCCGUCGUCAUGAUCGAAAUCUACGCCUCCGCAUGGCUCCGCGACAUUCUCAUAGGCACCGUCGGCGUCCUCGUUUCCAACCUCUUGCCACGUUCCACCAACCGCAAAUCCAAGAUUCGCUUCAUCGCAUUGCAGGUUCGUCGCCCCUCGGGUCGCCCCCAAGGGAUUCUCAACAUCGGGGUCAACCUUGUUGACCCCACCCGGAGGAGCAUGCCCAUGUAUUCGGAACUCGGAUCCUCCACCGGGGACUGGGACACGGACCCCAAGAAGCAGAAACCGCAGCCGAACCAGACGCCGACGAACGAAUUCAACAGUUCCAAUUGCAAGCUCUUGACGCUGCAGCGCUCCGCGAGCGAGAAGAACGACUCCACCAUAAACGAUUACACGUACAACAGUUAUCCGAAGGGUGGUUACGACGGUGAUGAAGAUGGUUCUGAGCUUGGGAUGCCGACAACGAAGAAAGGGAUGAUUAUGAACUUAAACGGGUCGCUGUGUUCGGACGUGGGGCCCUCGCCAUCGGUGGUGGCGACGGCAAUCGCGAAGGGGCUGUACCCGUUGCCGAUGAUGGCGCCGCGGAAGCAGGGGAACUUGGUGCUGGAAGGGUGGCCGGGGAAGGAGCAAGAAGCGGAAGAGGUGAACAAGAGGAUUGAUAGGUGGCAGUCGAUGGAGCGUGGUGGGGUAGCAGUUUACGAUCACCUAGGGAAGAAUGAGAAGAAGGUGAAGCAUAACGUUCCGAAGGGGAAAGGUCAGAAUCAUAGACGGGGUGAGUCGAAUGGAGGGCUGUUCUCGUGUUUUGGGACGGCGAUGGGUUGUGAGUUUUCGAUAACUUGUGGAGGGGGUCACGGCAGCCGAAAGAAGAGGCACAGUGAUGGCAGUGGUGGCAGCAAGGCUCAUCUCACUCCAGCGUCUGAACUCACCUACGAUGAAUCCUAUAUUUGAUGCAUGGCCUUGUCGCGCGAGAAGUGAAAGUGGAGGUGGGAGGAAUCCAUUUAAGUUUUAAUGGACGACAUUCAUAGUUUGGAUUUAGAAGUAGAAGGAGUGUUGUC